GUGCUGGAGUGGGCCUCACCUCCAUCAGCAGUGUUGGAGCUGGAGCAAGGGCCAACAUUGGCUCCAGCAGGAGAGGUAGCUGUUGAGCUGAACCAUCAUAUCUAGUGGGAAGUCCAUCUCCACUUGUGGCUCUUAAGGAGUGUGAGAAGAAGCCCAACCUCACGGCCUUCCCUCCUCAGCUGGUGGUGGAGCAGUUGACCAUGAUGGAUGCGGAGCUCUUCCAGAAGGUGGUGCCCUCUCAGUGCCUGGGCUUCACCUGGGGCAAGAGGAACAAGCCCGGCAAUGAGCACCUGACACCCACUGUCCAGGCCACCGUCGACCACUUCAGAAGGGUGGCCAGCCUCGUCAUCAUCACCUGCCUCGGGAACGCGAGCAUGAUGACCCAGGACAGGGAGUGCGUGAUCCGGAAGAACUUCUCAACCCGCACUGUCAUCUCUGUUCUGCAGAAAACCUCCACAAACCACUUGAAGAACACAUGGGAGGAAGUUUCCCUGGACAGCUCUGAAAAACUGAAGGAGCUCUAUAGCCAAGACGAGUCCUUGAGAAGAUAACUGAUGACCAAGGUUAACAAGCAGAAGGAUCUGUUAGGCCCCUUGGCCGGUGGGGUGCGAUUUUUGGGCAGGAGGCCCUGGUCAUGGGACACAGUGGUGUUGGCUGGGCUGUUCCAGGAGGAGUUGCUGAGCUGGUGCCAUCAGCAGGUCUCUGGCUUCUAUGCAUGUCCAUCCUGCUGGAAGUAGCGCCUUCCAGGAUGUUGGGUUGUUGAGGUGGGUUUAGCCCUCAACCUAAACCUGUCCUCAGCAAGCCAGGCCCCUGCUGCUCCUUCUCUCUUCACCACAUCUCCAAAGGAAGGGAACCCUGCCUGCCCCAGGGACAUGUACAGCUGGGGAUUCCCAUGGACCAGGUGGACAAACAGGCUGCUCAUCCUUGGGUCUGAACUGCUGGACCAGAGACAGAUGUGUGUGCAUUCUGGGACCCCCCACUGGACCCCUAGAGCAAUCACUCGAGUCAACCACAGGAGUUUAACCUGAGUGCCUGGUUGGCAAUGACAUAUGCCCCUGGUGGCUUAUCAGCAGCGUCUAGGCAACUGAUGGAUUCUUAGUGGAUCCUGCUGAAAGGAUGUUAGGAACUUCAUGUAAACAGGGAAGGAAAGUGUUCUGUCACCCCUUUCCCUGUGGAUCAGAGGUGGCAACUUGGAGGUCCAGUUCCUUAGUGGAUAAAGAAAGAGUUCAAUGCAGGGGAAUGUCCUGAGGGGUUCCUUGGGGAGGAGAAGGCUUUGGCAUGGCCACUGUCCCAGCUUGGGGGCCAAACACUCCACGGGACUGGGGCAGGCAGGAGCCACUCAACCAGACUGCCAAGACACACAGUCCUCUCCAUCCACGGCUCGGCCCAGGACCAAGCUUUGAGAGCUCGGGGACAGGACUCUUGUCAGUGGUGGGGCUGGUGGUUAGGGGAGGAUGUUGGAACAGAACCUAUGGCUGGGAGGGUCAAGGGGCCUCUCCUCUUUGGGCCCCUGAGCAACUCACUGCCCCUCUUUGGGCUUCUGUCUCCUCAUCAGGGAAGGGAGGGAUGGUGGUUCUGUGGUGCAGGCCUCACAGGGGUGUGAUGAGGUAAGAGGGAGGAAAGGAAUGUGGGAGCUUUCUGCCUGCUCCACCUGGAGGGGUGAAGGCGAACACAAUGAUGACAGUCAUGUGACUCUGAGUCCUCAGGAGAACCUGUGAAGUAGCUGGAGUUCUCACACCUUCCAGAUGAGUAAACAGGCUCAGAGAGUCCAGGCCACAAGCCCAAGCUCACACCCAGAGUGAGAGUUGGAGACGGGCUUGUUCUAGAAUCACAAAACCUUGGAGGGUGGCGUGACAUUGUUA